UAUGAUUCAAACGGAGAAGUAUUUAAGCUCUUGAUAAUCUCGAUGCCGAGUUUAAAACAUGCGUUCAGUUAGUGUUCUUACGAGUGUGUCAUAUAUAUGUGUUGAACAAAUUAAUUUGAAUAAGCUGCAGGACAACAUUUUCUUUUUGACAAAAAACAAGAAUGGCUCUAAAAUCCAGCGAAAAGAUAGUUAUUGCUGAAAAUAAAAAAUCAAAACCGAGAAGACUAAAAGUAGGAGACCCCAAUUUUGUGCCUCCCGAUGGCGGUUGGGGAUGGCUUAUUGUUUUCGCUUGUGGUUUCAGUAACUUAAGUACAUUUCCGAUGUUCCAACAAUUUGGUUUAGUUUUUAGAGGGAAAUUUGAAGAAAUCGGAAUAAGCGAAACUCAGACAACAUCUAUUAUAAACUUAAAUUCAGCUUUCAACGCUGGCAUGGGCUUAAUAAAUGGGCCGUUAUUCAGAAAAUUUACUUAUAGACAAGUGGCUAUGUUUGGAUCAUGUCUGGUGGCAGGUUCUUUAUUCCUAUGUGCCUUUUGUGAAUCAUUUGUCACUUACUUAAUUUUUUAUGCGAUGUGUUAUGGAUCUGGCAUUGGAAUUACUCAGUCUUCUAAUGCAUUGGCACUAAAUACUUAUUUCAAAGAAAAACGAAGAAUAGCAACUGGAUUUUCAUGGACUACAACCGCUCUAGGACCAAUUGUAUGGCCUUAUAUUAUUGUUGUAUUAAAUGAGUUAUAUGGUAUGGAAGGAACCUUACUGUUUUUUUCGGGGUUUGCCUUACACUCGUUUGUGUGUUCUCUUCUACUUCAUCCAGUCGAAUGGCAUACAAAUUUUAAGACUGACGGACCAGAAACAUCUCAUUUAUUAGAAAAAUUUCCACAACCCCAUCAGAACAAAACAUUGGAAUCUGGAAAACUGUCAAGAAAAAGCAGUCAUAGUAUUUUUUCAAGUCAAUAUCUUAGAAAUGAAGAUGAUCCAUUUCAAGCGGGUUAUGAAAUAACAGAUCCCGGAACUCCUAUGAUGAUAAAAGCAAAUGAUGGUUGGUAUUCGCAAAGCAGAUCUCAAAUUGGUUCGAGGCUUUCUUUACAUUCGAAUAAGGGUAUAAAACAAACUUCAGGACAAAAUUCGAUAGGUGUCUCUAAAAGACCUUCUUACAAUAAUUUAGCUGAUCACGGCAGAGAAUAUAGAAAAAGAGAAAGAAAAAUGUCUCAAAGUAAACCAGUUAUUAGAGAGGAAGUCGAAGAUUUAGGAAAUGACGCAUCAAAAGACGAUAAAAAAGCAGUUCAAUCACAGAUAUCUAAAAAUUAUCCUAAUGAAAAGGAAGUAUUAAAGAGUGCAGCAAAAAAAUUAGAAGCAUACAAAGAGAAAGAUAACGAACCACCUCAAGAUGAUGAAGCACAACAACUUGAAAAUCUAAGUUUGCUUAAAAAGAUAUCCAUAUUUUUUGAUUUUGAGUUAUUCAAAGAUUUCACUUACGUGAAUCUUAUGUUAGGAAUCACAGUUGCUAAUUUUGCAGAACUAAAUUUUUCUAUUCUCACCCCAAUCAUACUCGAGGAAUUUGGGUUUGAAAAAUACGAAACAGCUACAUUUAUGUCUUUACUUGGAAUAACUGAUAUAGUAAUUAGAUUUUUCAUUCCAUUCAUUGCGGAUAAAAUUGGUUGGAGUAAUAGAACAUUUUUCUUAUUAGGUGUAAUGAGCAUGGCAUUAGGAAGAAUAAUUCUAGUUCAUACCCAAACAUAUUCCAUGGGCUUACUAGUAGCAGUUAUUAUCGGAGCAGGGAAAGCGUUAAGAACUAUUUUUAUGGCUUUAGUAAUACCAUCCUAUGUGCCACUGGAAAGGUUACCAGCUGCAUCAGGUUUACAGCUAGCAACUAGUGGAUUGCUUUUCAUUAUACUGGGUCCACUUGUAGGUUGGAUACGAGAGGUUGUUGAGAACUACGUCAUUACAUUACAUAUUCUCAAUAUUUGUACUUACGCAACAGCAGUUGCUUGGACAGCAGAAAUGUUAAAAUCAAAGAAAAAAACACAACCCAUAGGAAAAUAAAUGACUAGAUGUUAAAAAAGUUAUGAAUAGUUAAAUACAAAGUGAUUUUUUAAAAUACCGAAAUAAAAUUUACGGUACAAUUAUGUAA